AUGAAAAACGUAAGAAAAAAAAGGCUUGAGGAGUUAACUCAAUCCCAAAGAGGAGCUCUUGAUAAAUUUAUUAUAAAAGAGCCUCACAUUCAUGUUGAUAAUCAAAAUAUUGAGAAGGUAAAUGAUAAAGUUCUUGAAAAUGAGGUUCCUAACGAGAAUGUUGAUAUGGAGGAUGAAAAUGUGGACUCGAAAAAUAGAGGUGAUGUGCGUAUUGAAAAUGAUAAUUUGGAUAAUCAAAAUGUUAUUUCAAACAAUGACUAUGAUGAUGAUAUGGAGGAUAAUAGUAAUGAUGAUGAAAAGCAAGAAACUCCAAUUGAACCUUUGUUUGAUAUAUUUGAUCCAAGAAAUUGGGAUGUCCUUGAUUCUAAGAUGAUUGAUGUAUUAGUAAUGAAAGGUCCUAAAAGAGAUCUUUUUAUUGUGAAGGGUCCUAAAGAAAAAUUUUCUAGACGAUUUACUGCUAAUUUAUACACUAGAGUUUUAUCUAAUGGGGAGAAGUGUGAUAGAGAUUGGCUUGUCUAUUCAAACGAGCUUGAUAAAGUAUUUUUGUUUUUCUUGUAA